UUUACCGUGAAUUGUCAGUUAUUUCAAAUAAUUAAUAUAUAAUUAAAAUAUUUCCGCGAUGAGUAUGUUGUAUAACUGUGGUUUGUGCUGUAUGUUAAUAAGUGUUUGGGGAGUCGUCCAACUGAUCUUAAUGGGAAUACUGUAUAAGAUAGAAUGCAUUACGUUGUUAGAAGAUGUCGAGGCUGAAGAGUACGUUGACUAUGACGACUUUAUUAAGAAAACUCAAGAAAAUUACAGCAUGGUAGGUUUGAACUGCUUGAUCGCUGCUGGAAUUUACGUUGUAAUGAUCUUAUUAUCCUGGCUUUGCAUGCAUCAAGCGCAACGUAAAGAACUAAUGCAAAGGAAGAAAUCGGACGAUGACGAGUGGUAUUGUGAAAAUAAGUCCAAAGUGAUUUAAGGCAGAUUUAGUUAUUAUAUG